UCCGCUUUCAACUUUACAUCCUGCAGCUCUAAUUUCUCCAUCCUCUUUAAAUCUUUUUACUGUUUGCUUCUCUUCUAUCCAUAAGCAAAAAUGCGUGAGAUCCUUCACAUUCAAGGUGGCCAGUGCGGCAACCAAAUAGGAGCCAAGUUCUGGGAAGUUGUAUGCGCCGAGCACGGCAUAGAUCCAACCGGUCGUUACCAAGGAGACUUAGAUCUUCAACUCGAGAGGAUCAAUGUCUACUACAAUGAAGCCAGUUGUGGUAGGUUUGUCCCUCGUGCCGUCCUCAUGGAUCUCGAGCCUGGCACCAUGGACAGCAUCAGAUCUGGUCCUGUCGGCCAGAUCUUUCGACCCGACAACUUCGUCUUCGGCCAGUCCGGCGCCGGAAACAACUGGGCUAAAGGCCACUACACAGAAGGUGCUGAGUUAAUCGACUCUGUCCUUGAUGUUGUUCGGAAGGAGGCUGAAAAUUGCGAUUGUCUUCAAGGGUUUCAGGUCUGUCAUUCUCUGGGAGGAGGGACUGGAUCUGGAAUGGGAACACUUCUGAUAUCGAAAAUAAGGGAAGAAUACCCAGAUAGGAUGAUGUUGACUUUCUCUGUUUUCCCAUCUCCUAAGGUCUCUGAUACUGUUGUGGAGCCUUACAAUGCUACUUUGUCAGUUCAUCAGUUGGUUGAAAACGCUGAUGAGUGUAUGGUUCUCGACAAUGAGGCAUUGUAUGACAUUUGUUUCAGGACACUUAAGCUCACCACUCCCAGCUUUGGUGAUCUGAAUCAUUUGAUAUCUGCAACAAUGUCUGGAGUUACGUGCUGCUUGCGAUUCCCUGGUCAACUCAACUCUGAUCUUAGGAAACUUGCUGUUAAUCUCAUCCCAUUUCCCCGGCUUCACUUCUUUAUGGUGGGUUUUGCUCCACUCACUUCAAGAGGUUCACAACAGUACCGAGCCCUGACAGUUCCCGAGCUAACUCAGCAAAUGUGGGAUGCAAAGAACAUGAUGUGUGCUGCUGAUCCACGACACGGGCGAUACUUGACUGCAUCAGCCAUGUUCCGUGGCAAAAUGAGCACUAAGGAAGUGGACGAGCAAAUGUUGAAUGUUCAGAACAAGAACUCAUCAUACUUCGUUGAGUGGAUUCCUAACAAUGUGAAGUCAACAGUUUGCGACAUCCCACCCACAGGCCUUAAGAUGGCAUCGACAUUUAUUGGCAAUUCAACAUCCAUACAGGAGAUGUUUAGGCGUGUGAGCGAGCAAUUUACAGCUAUGUUUAGGAGGAAAGCCUUCUUGCACUGGUAUACAGGAGAAGGCAUGGAUGAGAUGGAGUUCACCGAGGCUGAGAGCAACAUGAACGAUCUUGUCUCUGAGUAUCAGCAGUACCAAGAUGCUACAGCCGAUGAAGAUGAGUAUGAGGAAGAGGAACCAGAAUAUGAGGAAUAAUUAAAAAGGGAACUUGUUGCCAUUUAGGCAAUUCAACUCUAAAUUUCCUUAUAUCCCUUGGUAGUUGUCAUUUCCUGAGUUCUACAUUCUCAAUACUUUGCUUGCUCUUUCAGCAAAGCGUGAUCAGUUUAUCAUAU